AUGUCUGCUUUCGUAGCUCUUCUCCUCUGUGCUGUGAUACUAACACUCCGAAAAAUACUCAAAGUCAUGAGCCAAGAUCGAAAGAAAUCAACGGCUGUUAUCCCUCCGGGAAGCCAUGGUUUUCCGGUGAUCGGAGAAACACUUCAGUUCAUGCUUUCCGUUAACAGCGGCAAAGGCUUCUACGAAUUCGUGCGUACUCGCCGUAUCAAAUACGGAAGUUGCUUUAGGACAAGUUUGUUCGGAGAGACGCACGUGUUCCUGUCGACGACUGAGUCUGCUCGUGCGGUUCUGAACAACGAGUCAGGGAUGUUCACGAAACGGUACAUAAAGUCCAUAGCCGAGCUUGUAGGUGAUCGGAGCCUUCUAUGUGCUUCUCAACACCAUCACAAGUUACUCCGUAGCCAUUUGAUCAACUUGUUCUCCAAACGAUCGACGGCUCUGAUGGUUAGACACUUUGAUGAACUUGUCGUGGACGCUCUUUGUGGAUGGGAACAUCGUGGUACAGUUGUCUUGCUCACAGAAUUGCUCCAGAUAACAUUCAAAGCAAUGUGUAAGAUGUUAAUAAGUCUAGAAGACGAAGAAGAAUUGGGUUCAUUACAAAAAGAUGUGGGCUUUGUUUGUGAAGCCAUGCUCGCUUUCCCUCUCAAUUUGCCUUGGACUAGAUUUCACAAGGGCAUCAUGGCAAGAGAAAGAGUAAUGGAGAUGAUAGAAAAGAUAAUUAGAGAAAGGAGAAAUGAAACAAAUGGUCAUCAUGAAGAUUUUCUGCAGCAGCUUCUCGCAGUAGAUAACGACACUUCUUCUUUGUCCUCUGAUCAGUCUACUAAGUUGACUGAUGCUGAGAUUAAGGACAAUAUUUUGACCAUGAUCAUCGCAGGGCAAGACACGACGGCUAGUGCUCUAACAUGGAUGAUUAAGUACCUCGGUGAGAAUCAGAAGGUUUUGGAUAUUCUUAUUGAAGAACAAUCUCAGAUUGCGAAGAAGGCAUCAGACAAACCAUUUCUUUUGCUAGAAGACCUCAGUGAGAUGCCAUAUGCCUCGAAGAUGGUGAAAGAAUCUCUAAGAAUGGCUUCUGUUGUGCCUUGGUUCCCAAGAUUAGUACUUCAAGACUGUGAAAUGGAAGGUUUACUUUACUCAUCUUGA